AUGGCAUACGCUGUUAGAGUAGAACUCUUUGUAUCUUAUCACUGACAGCUUCGGACGAAUUUUAUAGAAAAUAAUGCGCUUUCCACGAUAUUUUGCUGCCGUUCUUAUAACCACACUAUGUAUACAGAGUUCAUUUGCGAUGACUAGAGCGCAACUGAAAAAUUCCGGAAAACUUCUAAAGAAAACAUGUAUGCCGAAACAUGAUGUAACAGAAGAUCAAGUUGGAAAGAUAGAGCAAGGCAAGUUUUUGGAAGAAAAAGACGUAAUGUGCUAUAUAGCGUGCAUUUAUUCAGUUGGUGGUGUGGUAAAAAACAACAAAGUAACGCUCGAUGCCAUGGUGAAACAGGUCGAUAUGAUGUUCCCUAAUGAAAUGAAAGACCCUGUAAAAGCUGCUAUAGAAAAUUGCAAAGGAGUAGCCAAAAAAUACAAGGACAUCUGCGAAGCUUGUUAUUACACUGCAAAAUGUCUUUACGACACCGAUCCCGCCAAUUUCGUAUUCCCUUAAUUUGUUUCAUGAAACUUUGUCAUGUUUAAUAAAGUUGAGUGAAUCUACA